AUGCCUUCGAUAUUAACUAUCGAUACGGAGGCGUUGAUGAACAACAUGAAUGCCAAAUUUGCACAACUAACUUGUGAUAUGACUGAACUCGGAAAUACGUUCAACGGUAGAAUUGACGGGCUAGCCCAGAAAAUUGAAAACUGGUCAUCCAAGUUCUUGCAGUUCGAGGGCACUAUAAGAAACAUGCGGGACGAUAUUAAUAGCAUCUCCAGCAAUAACGACGAGAUUCAGUCUGAGCUGUCGGGCCUGCGCUCGAAGACCGCUGACCUACGCUCGCAAACCGAUGAGCUGCGCACAGGGUACCAGCAGCUUCGUAAGAGCGUGGAUGAGUGUGAUUAUAAGAAGAGUUUAACCGAGGCUAACGAAACCAUAACGAAGCUUAUAAAAGAAAAUAAUACUUCCAAACAAUUUUCCUUGAUGAAUAAUUUGGAAAUCUCGGGUAUCCCGUUCAACAAAGGGGAAAAUUUGUUAUCAAUCUUACGUAACAUAUGCGUUAAGGUCGGAUUUACGCUGCAAGAUAGCGAUGUUGACUCGAUUCACCGGGUUCGCCGCUACCAAAACGCUGAAAAUGGUACACAGAAAACUCUACGGCCACCUGCAAUUAUCGUCCGAUUUACCCAACGAAAACGCAAGGAUGAGCUUUUAUCUGCUGUUCGGGCUAGACGUGGAAUUACCACUACGGACAUCGAGCUCCCAGGGCCAGCCUCCAGCGUGUACAUCGGCGAUCACCUUACCCCAGACAAUAAACUUCUCCUAAAACGAGCCAGGGAAAUUAAAAAUGAACUACAUUAUUCGUAUUUGUGGAUACGCGAUUGUAGAAUACUGAUGCGAAAAAAGGAUAGUACUAGGGUACUUUACAUAAAUAGUCACGCCGAUUUAGACAAACUAAAAUGA